AUGUCCGCUCCGCAGCCGGACUGGUGGAAAGCCAGCGCAUGCUACCAGAUAUGGCCCGCUUCGUACAAAGAUAGCGACGGCGACGGCAUUGGCGACAUACCUGGCAUCAUCAGCACCAUACCAUAUCUGAAGGAUCUCGGAAUCGAAACGAUAUGGCUGUCCCCAAUGUAUGACUCGCCUCAGAGGGACAUGGGCUAUGACAUAUCCAACUAUGAAGCUGUUUACCCUCCCUAUGGUACUCUUGACGAUAUGGACCGCCUGAUCAAGGAAUGCCAUGGGCGAGGAAUGAAGCUUAUUCUGGACUUGGUGGUGAACCAUACGAGCGACCAGCAUGCCUGGUUUUCCGAAUCCCGCAAGGGCACAGCCAACAAGUACGCCGAUUGGUAUGUCUGGCGAGACCCCCGGGUGGUUGAUGGACAGCGCCGUCCACCCAACAAUUGGAGUUCCAUCUUCGGGGGAAGCGCCUGGGAAUAUUGUCGGGAGCGUGACCAGUAUUACCUUCACCUGUUCGCCCGAGAACAACCGGACCUCAACUGGGAGAACGAAGAAACUCGACGCGGGAUCUACAAGUCAGCCAUUGAAUUCUGGCUUGAUAAAGGGAUCGACGGGUUCCGGGUGGAUACGGCGAAUAUGUAUUCCAAGGACAUUUCGUUUCCCGAUGCACCUGUUCGCCUUCCUGGGGAAGAGUUUCAGCCUGCGUUCCAGUACUUCACCAACGGGCCGCGCGUGCACGAAUGGCUGAAGGAGCAACGCCAGCAAGUGCUUGACAAGUACGGUGAUGUGCUGAUGGUCGGGGAGCUGCCGGAUACUGAAGCAGCCGAAGUGUUGCGGUACGUGUCUGCCGAGGCGCGGGAGCUCAGUUGCGUGUUCGACUUUGACAUCGUGGACCUGGGCACCCACAAGCAGGCAGGCGGGAAGAAACACCACACCACGCGGCACACCCUGCCGGAGUUUAAGGAGGCCAUUCGCAAGGUGCAGGACUUGAUUCGCGGCACGGACGCCUGGACGACGGUGUUUCUCGAGAACCACGACCAGGCCCGCAGCCUGUCACGGUUCGCGACGGACAAGGCUGAGUUCCGCGAGCAGGCGGCCAAGAUGCUUGCCGUCCUGAUGUGCUGCCUGACCGGCACCCUGUUCCUCUACCAGGGCCAGGAGAUCGGCAUGUACAACCACCCGACGCACUGGGGCGUCGAGGAGCUGCGCGACGUCGACUCGCUGAACGCGUACGGCGACGUCGCGGCCCGCCACAACGGCGAUCCGCUGUGGUUGAAGAAGGCCAUGCAAGGCCUCCAGCUGGUCGGCCGCGAUAACGCCCGCUUGCCCGUGCAAUGGGACUCGUCGCCCAACGCCGGCUUCACCACGGGCACCCCCUGGAUCCGGGUUCACGAUGAUUUUAAGCAUGUCAACGCUGCCGCCCAGCUCCUGGACCCCCGUUCGCCGCUGAACUUCUGGAAGAAGAUGAUCCGCUUGCGCCGCGACCAUGCCGACCUCAUGGUCUUCGGACAGGACUUUACUGUCUGGGAUUACUUCGACCAGGAUGUGUUCACCUUCACCAAGACGCAUCCCGACGGCGGGCUGAAGAUCCUCGUCUUCCUGAGCUUCUCCGACGAGGUGCAACCUCUGCACUAUCCUACUGGUCUAGACCACGCGUACAAGGAGUUGAUGGUCAGCAACGUCGACGAGCCGGGAAGAUACCUAAGUCCAUGGGAAGCAAGGGUCUAUUUAAUCAAGGAGAGUGUCCCAAAUGGACAUUAA